GAAGACAAUUCAACAGUGAGAGUGAGAGUCAAGAAAGUUACCAUGGCCUUGAUGAAGCUGAUGGCCCAUCUGCGUUAUCUGAGUCGUUAAGGAAAAAAAUUACUGAAGAACCAUUGUUUUUCAUAUCUGUAUCAACAGACGAACUUCACAAAAUUGCAGACGUUGGACUAGAAACAUUACAACAUGAACUGAACGGUUCUGCGGAACGUGUUCAAUUCAUUCUUGAUAGCUGCGAACAAGAACUGAGCAGGAGAGGAGAUAUUAAACAGGCACAUGAAUUACUGAGUAUUUGCAACAAAGCCUUAAACAAAGUAAAUAGAGAAAGUGAAGACGGUUUUCAAGAAAGUAAAAAGUUAAAAACAUAA